AUGAUAGUUUUAUUGCUAAUAAAUACUUCGAGUUCAUGUAGUGAAGGAGAGUGUGACAUACAACCCAAUGAGAGGAUUCUCGGAGGAGUAACAAGUGAACGAAAUUCUAGGCCAUAUCAAGUAGCUCUAAAUCUUCGAGUAGGGGCAACUGGGGAGGUAGGUUUUUGCGGAGGGUCUCUGGUUCACCAACAGUGGGUGUUGACAGCCGCGCAUUGCUGCUUCCAUGGCGACGAGGAAGUGACGCAUGUGCAGGCGAUUUUAGGAGCUCAUUCAUUAUAUGAUCGUUAUGAGAACGGUCGCCGGCUGAUCAACGUAGACGAAAUCAUUAUUCAUCCAGAGUGGGACCCGAAUACUUUUGAGAACGAUCUCGCCCUCUUGAAGCUCCCCAAUAGUGUACAAACAUCUGAGACAAUAAGUAUCGUCCGUCUGCCAUAUCUGAGCACCGUCUCAUCAAAUUUCGCUGGUCUCGGCGCAAUCGCAUCCGGCUGGGGAAUUGCUUCAGAAGGAGUCACAUUCAUAUCUCCAACUCUCCGCGAGAAGCAGUUGACUGUGAUUACGGAUACUCUUUGCAACACAUUCUAUUUCCAAAAUUUGCCGAGGGACGUGAUAUGCGGCUUCAGUUCGACUUCAGGCACUUGCAAGGGCGACAACGGCGGUCCUUUGACGAUAUUUUCGAAUAUAACGGAAGAAACAAUAUUGAUCGGGGUCGCGUCUUUUAUCGCAGCUGAAGGAUGUAACAACGAUAUGCCGUCCGUGUUCACUCGCGUGCAACAUCGCUUGAACUGGAUCAGCAACGUUACGGGCAUUAUCCUUAUUUAUGAAGAUGGACCUGAGAUCCAGAGCAAAUUGGAAGAUUGGCAACAGAAACUGGAGAAUAUUGGCUUGAAAAUCAAUAGAACGAAGACUAAAUACAUGUUCUGCGAUUUCGGCGGUCUCUCCGGUCCUGAAGCCAUAGCCCUUGAUGGCGUGGCCCUUCCAGUCUGCUCCGACUUCCGAAUUAAAAUGCGUUGCUCUGUCGUGGUCGGAUUUUGUUUGGUAGUGGCAGUUUCUGCCACCAUAAAGGUGUCUACUAACUACCACAUCGAUAUCGGUAUCCCGGAAGCGACCAGGAUAAAAGAAGCAGAGGAAAAGAUCUUGGCUAACCAAGACAAUGUAAACGACAGGAUAGUUGGUGGUGUUGUAUCGUCUCCGAAUGCGUUUCCUUAUCUGGGUGGCUUGCUCAUCACCUUCUUCAAUAGCCCGAGUACCUCCGCUUGCGGCUCAUCAUUGAUCAGCGCUGAUCGGCUAAUUACGGCCGCCCAUUGCUGGAACGUUCCCGGCUCUCUAAUAGUUAGACAAUUCGUCGUGGUACUGGGGUCUCAAUUUUUAUUCAGCGGAGGCACCAGAAUACCCACUUCGAACGUCGUGGUUCACCCCCAAUAUAAUCCAGAUUUUUAUACAAAUGAUAUAGCUAUUAUCUACUUACCCUAUCGUGUUUCAUUUUCCACCAUAAUUCAACCAAUCGCUCUGCCCCACAACAAUUUAUGGGAUAGCUUCGUGGGUCAAGUCGCCACUGCCAUUGGCUAUGGCAAGACUAAUGAUGCUCAAACAGGAGUAUCCGUAAAUUCUGUGGUGAGUCACGUUUACCUGCGAGUGAUCUCAGUUCAACAGUGCCAGGCCGUAUUCGGCUUGAACUUCGUGCAAGAAAGUACCCUCUGCACGGACGGUUUUGGCGGAAUUGGCAUAUGCGGUGGCGACUCUGGUGGACCUCUUGUUGUCAAUCACAAUGGUCAGGACGUCUUGGUGGGUGUCAGUUCAUUCGUCGCUAGAGCUGGCUGCCAGCUUGGUCAUCCAUCUGCGUUUGCCAGGAUCACUAGCUUUUACAAUUUUAUUCUGCAGAACAUGUAACUCGGAUUCUAUCUUUUGAC